AGCCUCGAACACUUCCCGCCGCUGAAGAUACUCUCCUCCUUUCCUCUGUUGAUUUUUGUAUUUUAUAUUUUGCUCACUUGUUUCUGCACGAAGACGUUUUCAACCCUUUUAACGUGACAUGGCUUGCGAUUUCUCUGUGUUUAGUCCCCCUCUGCAUAGUUUCAGCAUUUGUGAGGAAAUGAGGUGAGGAAAACGCUACGUUUAUGGUUGUUGUGGAACUGGUUUUCCUGCACUUUGCCAUGGAAGUGCAGAGUGUUUGAGAGGUACAUGUUGCUGGAAUCGACUGAGCUUCAGUAGGGGUUUUCCAAUGUCAGUUUUUGAGAGCUUGCGAUUCAUAGCAUAAGCUUGCAAAGAGGGGGCGUGAGACGGAGCUUAGAGGUGUCUAGGGGUGGUAAUUGAGAGGCGCUGCACGCAGAGAUUAACAAGCCUUGGCUGUCGUAGCUCGGCAGGUUGGCAAAGGUGGGACUCACAGCACUGGCUUCUCCGAGCAGGUUGAUCAUUGCGACUCUGUAUUGCCCCAAAAGACGGUUGUACCUUUCACGUGGAGGAUUCACCAAGGAAAGCCAUCUCCUAUUCGACAUUGACAAAAAACUGAUUUGGCAUCACCAAGAUAACAACAGUUUCGGUGUGGCAUCACCUUCUGAUGUGGCUAGCAGCCUUCAGCAAGGUUGAGGAUUCCUUCAGGUCGCAGGCUACCGGUACAAUGCAGAGCAUCUGAGCCUUAUAAUGCAGAAACAGAGCUUGAGGAUGGCGCUACCAGAAGCAAGAAUGGUGAAGAUGGAGAGACGCAACUUCCAUAUAGUCUCUGCCUUCAUCGUGUGCAUUCUUGUGUUGUCUCGAACUAUGGAGUUGGUUGCCAGUGACCCCCUUCCGGAAGAGGGUCUCGCACUUCUGGCGAUGAAAUCCAGCUUCGCAGAUCCCCAGAACCAUCUUGAGAACUGGAAGCUCAACGGUACAGCUACGCCCUGCCUGUGGACUGGCAUUACAUGCAGCAACGCCUCGUCUGUUGUGGGGCUGAACUUGUCAAACAUGAACCUCACAGGGACGUUGCCCGCUGAUUUGGGGCGUCUUAAGAACUUGGUGAAUAUCUCUCUAGACCUGAACAACUUCACAGGCGUGCUGCCGGCGGAAAUUGUAACUCUCCUCAUGCUGCAAUACGUGAACAUCUCUAACAAUCGUUUUAAUGGUGCCUUCCCUGCCAAUGUUUCGCGGCUUCAGUCACUUAAGGUGCUGGACUGCUUCAACAACGAUUUCUCAGGAUCACUUCCGGAUGAUCUCUGGAUCAUUGCCACCCUUGAGCACUUAAGUCUUGGAGGAAAUUAUUUUGAAGGAAGCAUUCCUUCUCAGUAUGGAUCUUUCCCAGCUCUCAAGUACUUGGGCCUCAAUGGCAACUCACUUACCGGACCAAUUCCUCCUGAACUUGGCAAACUUCAAGCACUGCAAGAGCUCUACAUGGGCUACUUCAACAAUUACAGCUCAGGAAUUCCAGCCACCUUCGGAAACCUAACCAGCUUAGUGCGCCUUGACAUGGGUCGAUGUGGCUUAACUGGCACCAUUCCACCUGAGCUUGGUAACCUCGGCAAUCUCGACUCCAUGUUCCUGCAGCUCAAUGAACUCGUAGGUGUCAUCCCAGUGCAGAUCGGGAACCUUGUGAAUCUCGUUUCGCUGGACCUCUCGUACAACAAUUUAAGUGGAAUCAUACCCCCAGCUCUCAUCUACCUACAGAAAUUGGAGCUUCUAAGUUUGAUGAGCAACAACUUCGAAGGGGAAAUACCGGACUUUAUUGGAGACAUGCCAAAUUUGCAGGUUCUUUACUUGUGGGCCAACAAGCUAACAGGGCCAAUUCCAGAGGCGCUGGGGCAAAACAUGAACCUAACACUUCUGGACCUUUCUUCAAACUUUCUAAACGGCACAAUUCCAUCCGACCUCUGUGCGGGACAGAAGCUACAAUGGGUGAUUCUGAAAGACAACCAGCUCACAGGGCCCAUUCCAGAGAAUUUCGGCAACUGCUUGAGCCUUGAAAAGAUCCGGCUCAGCAACAAUCUUCUGAAUGGGUCGAUCCCGUUGGGUUUGCUUGGCUUGCCCAACAUCACCAUGGUGGAGAUUCAAAUGAACCAAAUCAUGGGACCUAUUCCAUCGGAGAUUAUCGACUCGCCUAAGUUGAGCUACCUUGACUUCUCCAACAACAACCUUUCGAGCAAGCUGCCAGAAAGCAUUGGCAAUCUCCCCACCCUGCAGUCGUUCCUCAUUGCCAACAACCAUUUCUCGGGUCCGAUCCCGCCCCAGAUCUGCGACAUGCAGAGCCUCAACAAGCUUGAUUUAAGCGGAAACGAGUUAACAGGACUCAUUCCGCAGGAGAUGUCAAAUUGCAAAAAGCUGGGAUCUCUCGACUUCAGCCGGAACGGUCUGACUGGAGAAAUUCCUCCUCAGAUCGAGUACAUCCCGGACCUCUACCUCUUGAACCUGUCGCACAACCAGCUCUCUGGACACAUCCCUCCCCAAUUGCAGAUGCUUCAAACGCUCAACGUAUUCGACUUCUCAUACAAUAACCUCUCAGGACCAAUUCCACAUUUUGAUUCCUACAAUGUGUCUGCCUUUGAGGGCAACCCCUUUCUAUGCGGUGGUCUCUUGCCGUCGUGUCCUUCCCAAGGAUCUGCUGCUGGCCCCGCUGUCGACCAUCAUGGGAAAGGAAAGGGAACCAACUUGUUGGCAUGGCUGGUUGGGGCGUUGUUUUCGGCUGCCUUGGUCGUUUUGCUUGUGGGCAUGUGCUGCUUCUUUCGGAAGUACCGAUGGCACAUAUGCAAGUAUUUCCGACGGGAAUCCACCACAAGGCCGUGGAAGCUAACCGCGUUUUCGCGCUUGGACCUUACAGCUUCGCAGGUGCUAGACUGCUUGGACGAGGAGAAUAUCAUUGGAAGGGGAGGAGCUGGAACUGUGUAUAAAGGGGUUAUGCCCAACGGGCAGAUCGUGGCGGUCAAGCGGCUUGCAGGGGAGGGUAAGGGUGCCGCACACGACCACGGAUUCUCAGCAGAGAUUCAAACGCUAGGCAAGAUUCGUCACAGAAAUAUUGUGCGGCUUUUAGGAUGUUGCUCAAACCACGAAACAAAUCUUCUGAUUUACGAGUACAUGCCUAAUGGAAGCCUAGGCGAGCUCCUACAUAGCAAGGAACGGUCGGAGAAGCUGGAUUGGGAAACAAGAUACAACAUCGCAGUUCAAGCAGCCCAUGGUCUUUGUUACUUGCAUCAUGAUUGUUCCCCACUUAUAGUCCAUCGGGACGUCAAGUCGAACAAUAUUCUCCUAGACUCAACUUUCCAGGCUCAUGUUGCCGACUUUGGGCUUGCAAAAUUGUUUCAAGACACUGGCAAAUCCGAGUCUAUGUCAUCAAUAGCAGGCUCAUACGGCUACAUUGCGCCUGAAUACGCUUACACCCUGAAAGUAAAUGAGAAAAGUGAUAUCUACAGCUUCGGGGUGGUCCUCAUGGAGCUACUGACAGGUAAGAGACCGAUUGAAGCAGAGUUUGGGGAUGGGGUUGACAUAGUGCAAUGGGUGCGCCGCAAAAUUCAGACUAAAGAUGGCGUUAUUGACGUGCUGGACCCAAGGAUGGGCGGGGUUGGUGUUCCGCUCCAACAGGAGGUGAUGUUGGUGCUCAGAGUGGCGCUACUCUGUUCCAGCGACUUGCCAGUGGACAGACCAACCAUGCGGGAUGUCGUGCAAAUGCUUUCUGACGUGAAACCAAAAAGCAAGGGAAGUAGCCUGGCUGAUUCCCGCGAGUUGUCAGCUCCUGAUGCGUUUAAGCCUCAGGAUCUGAGGCUGGUUUGUGUAUGAGAUGGUCGGCAUAGUAAACGAGAUGUGUCACUCUUCUCACUCAGAGCUAUGGACUCCAGUGUGGAUCGAUACAAAAAGCAAGCAGACGAGAUGCGUUUUGCACCUCCAGCCGAAGAGGUUAACAUUAUCAGAUUUUAAACCAAACUUGUACUAUAGUAGAAUAGGCGUAAAAUUCAAAACUACAGGUACCGUAGAUAGAAUUUUGUGAAGCAUCAUCUAGCAAAAGAAGGUCUCGUGAAGUUAAAAUGGGUCUGCCAAUUUCUUCAUUUACUGUACCUUCUUUGAACAAAGAAACUUAAAUAAUUCCCGCAACUCUAA